AUGGCCAUGGCCACGGCCAGGCACGACGGCGGCGGAGUUCGGCCGGUGCAGGGUAGGGAGGCAAGGCGGCGGUGGGGCGGCGGUAGGGUCGCGCCGGCCCGUGCAGGGGCGGCCUGCGGCAGGGGCGCGGCGGCGAGCAACUACGGCUUCCGGUACAUUCCACCCUCUAGCAGCUUAGAUGACGCCCGUGCCGUGGCAGAGCUUGUCAUUUUCUCGGCAAUCGAUGACCUACUAGAAAAAACAGGCAUAGCUCCCAGCACCAUCAAUAUACUAGUUGUCAACUGCAGUGUCUUUUCACCAGUUCCAUCCUUGGGUGACAUGAUCCUGAACCGAUAUAAGCUUCGAGAUGACAUCCACAAUGUGACCUUAUCUGGGGUGGGUUGCAGUGCUGGAUUAAUCUCGGUGGGGCUUGCAAGAGACCUCCUUCGAGUUCGACCAGCAGCACAGCAUGGUGCUCACGCUCUGGUUGUGUCUACAGAGACCAUAACGCCCAACUUCUACAAGGGAAAGAACACUAGCAUGCAAGUUACCAACAUCCUCUUCCGCAUGGGCGGCACAGCUGUGCUGCUAUCUACAUCCAAGUCUAUGGCGCGGUUUCGGAUCGCACACCUGGUCCGGACCACCACAUGUGCUGAUGACAGUUCUUACCACUGCAUCUUUCACGAAGAAGAUGUUGAUGGCACGCUAGGCAUGAAUAUAUCUAGAAACAUCUUAGCUACCGCUGCAUUGAAGGCCAACUUCACUGCCAUUGGGCCACUAGUUCUUCCACAUUCAGUUCAACUAUUUUACAAACUGUUUCUCAUCAUGAUAAAGUAUUCCAAUGGACGGGUCAAGCAAUACCAUCCAGACUUCCGAAAAGCAGUCCAGCACUGGUGUAUCCACCCCGGGGGACGACCAAUGAUCGACAAGGUUCAGCACAGCCUUGGUUUGUCAGACGAGCAGAUGGAGCCGACGCGUAUGACACUCCAUCGGUUUGGAAACAUGUCUAGCAGCACAAUUUGGUAUGAGUUGGCUUACAUCGAGGCUAAGGGUCGAAUGCGCAAGGGUGACCGGGUGUGGAUGCUUGGCAUUAGCUCUGGCUUCAAGUCCAAUAGCGCUGUUUGGGACUGCAUCCGACCAGCAGAGGUGGACAAGGCGUGGGCUAGCUGCAUCUAUAGAUACCCAGUGGCUACCCCCACAGAAGCUUUGAAUACUGUCUCGUGA